CAGGUUUUGACACAUCCAUAAAUACAUAGUCCUUUUGUGAUCGUGGAAGCAUAUAAAGUAAUCAGUAGGAGUUGGUGCUGGAUGGGUAAGUUCUUGUAGUUCAUCUCAUUCCAUGUUUAUUUUUACAUUUUUUGGUUGCUGUUGAAGACUUCUUCUAAGUAAUUUUGAUUUUCUUGUUUCCCCGUCUUUUGAUGUCUCUGUUAUUUUCCCGAAUAUUAAAUCAAUUAAUGUACUAGAGAGAACAUUCAUUUUCAUCCUUGUUUUCCAUCGAUGAUCCCCUGCUUAUGGAUUUCGGCUGAUUCGCUGCCAAACAGAAUAAAUCUGGGUUCGCGUCUUUCACGACUUUGAGUGUGGUCUCGUUGGGCGUUGUCGUCGCCUCAGUAAGACCUUGUCUGCUUCAUCUGGGCACUCCUACUCUGCAGAAACCGGACAACGAGGACCAGUGAUUUCAAGGUGAGCUCCUCGAAGAUACGUGCGUCUAAACGACUUUCUAAGCCGUUCUGCGUUUUUAGCCAUUUUUCAAGCGUAGUGCUAGGCGGUGAUUCAACCACAUGAUCAUCGCGUUUUAUUCGCUACGACACUGCGACGUUUGCCUUUGCGCGCCUGUACCUGGUACCUGAAUAGAUAGCCCUCGAUGUGAAAGAUUAAGAUUAUUCGCACAGAUUUAACAGCUGCAGGAUAGAUGGAAAGGCCGAGUAAAAACCCCCGAGAAAACCGACGACCGGCGACAUUCUACUCAUGCCACUAUAAAAAUAAUCUGCAGGAAAUACCAAGAAAUCAAUCUGAAGAGAACAACGACCAAGGGGCAUAGCUAGAAGAAGAACUGAAGCAAGCGGACUAGAAAGACGAAGACCGCAAGACCACGACCGAGAAUAAGGAGAUAAAAACAAAGCAAAGUGCGAGUGCUCCACAACAUUUUCAUUUUACUUCUGGCAAAAGCUGCGUACUAGUAGCUCGUGGUGCUGCUGUGGUCGUCGGCGCGGACGACAUAGACGUGGAGGAUGUUGAUCCCAGCAGGCGGUAAUAAUGGCAAUCCGACGGGGUGCAACAAAAUUGUGGUCACCGGCUUGCCCCGCGCUGGAAAAACGAGCAUCAACCGUGUCGUCUUCCAGAAGGUACCGCCACAUGAGAUUAAGGGUAGAUUAAAGGUGCUCCUGUUACCGUUUGUUUUGUCUCUCCUGAGGGAGAACGGCAGAACAAACGGGAAACAGAAACACCAAAACUCUACCUCUAAUGCGACGCUGUUUCUGGAGACGACGCACAAGCCAGAGCUGAAGAACGUGAGGCAUAAUUCUCUCAUACAGUUUCAAGUUUCCGACUUGCCAGGUAUGACCCUCCAGCAAGACCCCAACUUCGUCGACACAGCUGCGCUUUGGAGUUGCGGCGCACUAGUUUUUGUUAUCGACGCGCAAGAAGAAAACCAGUCAUACUACAAUGCUUUGGCAUACGCAAAACGUAUUAUAUUUAGAUUUUAUCUACGAAAGUAGUUAUCGUUAUGUUCUUUACAACUUCAUCAAGUUCAAGUACAAAUGCUACGAGCCUCCGAUGGAGUCUACCAUGUUCUACUUCCUUCAUCUGGAUAUUUCCCCCAUUGUUGUCACUGUAGUUCUGAUGUUUGAGUUUGUAACCAUAAUCUUCUUAGCCACCUUACAAUGUUAAUCAUAGCCUCAACUCACGAAGAACUUAUUCCAGGUACUCUUGUUGAUAACUUUCCCUCUCCAACUGAUUCCAGGUGUCAUCACAGGAGUAUACAUGAAGAAUCCGAAGGUGUAUUUCGAGAUUUUCAUACACAAAGUUGAUGGGGAUAUGUUUUUACACGAGGAGAAUAGGAACGCUGUGCAGAGCGAUAUCCACUCAAGGCUAACAGACGAACUCUACUCCACGUGCCCAGACCUACAGAUUAGUUUCCAUGGUAAUAGUAGACUUGAAAUAGUAACCAAGGAAAUAUAUCAUAGUCCAUGGUAAUAGUGGACUUACCGUCUAUCCUUCUCCUAAUAAUGGCAAUAGUGGCCUUGAAAUAAGCAAUGCCUGCUUUUACAAUGAAAAAAACUGUAGUACAGAUUUAGAUUAAAUGAUUAAUUUCCUUGUUAGUUACCACAGACAAAUGUCAUUGCACAGCUGAAUCUACUACAGAUGAAUGUCAGAGAACGAAUAUGAAUCAUUCCUACAGUUAUAGUUACCAUACCUACAGAUGAGUUUCCAUGGUAAUAGUAGGCCUGAAGAAAAGAACAUGAAAUAGCAAAUGCCUGCUCUUGUUCUUGACUGCAAUGUAAAAAUGAGAAUCAAGAAGCUACAACUGUACUAGACGAGUUGAAUGUAUCACCUAGGAAAAGUUCGAGCUCCUGAACCUCUGUUCCACUUGCACAAAAAAACGUAACACCAGUGACCUCGAUCUACGACCAUAGCGUGUUUGAGGCUAUGUCGAAAGUCGUUCAGAAGCUGAUUGUGGAGUUGCCGGUGCUAGAACAGUUGAUCGAUCUCUUGGUUACGAAUUGCCGCAUAGAAAAGGGCUUCCUGUUUGAUGUGGUUUCCAAAAUUUACAUUGCUACCGAUUCCGGACCAAUCGAUGGAAGCUUCUACGAAUAUCAGUACUAUUUUUCUUGAACGUCAACAUGAACAUCCACCAUUCUUUCUCCAUCUUCAACUCUCAAACUAAUUUUUCUCUCUCGAACUACGUCGCCCAUUAUUCUUGUUUCCAUCCUUUUUAAUAGAGCCAAGUUCUCUAGCUUUACUCCUCCAACUCACAACAGGUUAUGCAGUGAUAUGAUAGACGUGGUCAUUGAUGUGAGCUGUAUUUACGGUUUGGGAGCAGGGGACGACGCAUACAAUUACGACGCACAAUCGAGUUGCGUCAUUCAACUAACAAACGGUAAUAUCCAUCUUUUUCAGCAAAUUAUUCUACUUGCUUCUAAGUUUGAUCUUCACAAUUCUAGUGUAGACGAUGUCCUCAUGCUGUAGUUACUACUCGAACUGAGAGAGUACUACAUCAAUAUGUAGCGUUACUAGAAGUGUGCUGUAGGAGUAGGGUAGACUGUCCAACAUAUUGAUGUCCAAGUACAGCAAUAUAAAGGCACAUGAUCCACAUCCUCAAUAUCUUAACAUCCUCUACAUCAUAAAACACCUACUACUAACUUCACCUUGUAGUUUAUCUUUAUAUUUGUUUUAUAUUCAGGUGUCAGGAGCCGGUUAAGAUGAAACUUCGACCACUCAACCUCAAUCCCUAACAGGUUUGCUACUGUAUCUGAAGCAAGUGGAGCAUUUCCUCGCUUUUGCGUGUAUUAUUCGAGAAGAGAACUUCGAUCGGCAGUAUCUACUGGAUUACAACAUCAACGUAUUCAAGGAGUCGCUGCAGCAACUUAGCAGGCUCAUUCAGAGUAGAAACUCUCCCGCCUCACUCACACGCUAGUAGGACAUCCUGUUUUGAGUUUGACAGUCUAGUCGUUUACACGAAUAUAUCACAAUAACUCAUUAUGAGCAAUCUGAAACUGAAUCUUCUUUUGAGACACGUCUCCGAAAGGAAAUCUGUCCCCCCAAAGGAUGAAGUCUUGCUGGUUGCACCACGUCCAUAACUGGUUUGUGUAUGUGCUGCUUCUAACACGUGGCUUUGUGUCCGAGAAUGGUGUCUGUUUGAUGUGACCUUGCCAGAAAAGCAUUUGCUUGUGCGCGCGCUGAGAUCAGAAAUUACUACGUGCCUUGAUGAACCACGAUGAGAAGUUGAUAUCACUCUGCUUGAUCACUAUCCUAUGUCGAUUCCUCUAUCGUCCAUGAUGCGAAAACGUGUCCAAGUCGUGGUAGACUCUCACUC